UACUUGUUGGGCUUCUAAGAAGCUCCCCUAUCCCUCACCCCCCCCUCUUAUUAAGCUUAAUUCGUUUGUUAAGGAGUCUAUUUUAGAAGAGACACAGGAGUGGGUGUGUGAAUCAUAUCUCCCCCUCCCCUUAGUAUUGGUAGAGAAAACUAUUUGUCACCAUAAAAAAAAAAAAAUAGUAAAUGCAAAGGAAGAGGUUGCAGCAGCAGUAGUACUCAUCUUUCCAUGAUUGGUGCAUGCAACAAUCAUUAUUUGUAUUUGAGGCCUCUCAUCUCUUUCUCUCUUAUUCCUAAAUUUUGGUGGGAAUGGGGAGGGAUCAUAGGGGGAAAGAGCUCCCCCCCUUUGCUCUUUUGAUGAUUCGGCUACUCUGCUGUUUUGUUGUAUUAUAUGCUGUUGUUGCUGCUGCGGACGCAUCUUCUUCUGCGGCAGCUCUCGACUACGCGGGCGCGCUGUCGAAGAGCCUGCUCUACUUCGAGGCGCAGCGGUCGGGGCACCUGCCCUACAACCAGCGCGUCGCGUGGCGCGGCCACUCGGGCCUCACCGACGGCCUCGAGCAAGGCGUCGAUUUGGUCGGCGGGUAUUACGACGCGGGCGACCACGUCAAGUUCGGGCUCCCGAUGGCCUUCACGGUGACGAUGCUCGCGUGGAGCGUGCUCGAGCACGGCGAGCACGUCGCCGCCGCCGGCGAGCUCGAGCACGCCCUCGAGGCCAUCAAGUGGGGGGCCGACUACUUCAUCAAGGCCCACACCGAGCCCAAUGUCCUCUGGGCUCAGGUAGGCGACGGCGGGACCGACCACUACUGCUGGCAGCGGCCGGAGGACAUGACGACGUCGCGGCAGGCGUACAAGAUCGACGCGGAGCACCCCGGGUCGGAGCUCGCCGGGGAGACCGCGGCCGCCAUGGCGGCCGCCUCGAUCGUCUUCCGACCGUCCGAUCCGCAUUACGCCGAUCUCCUCCUCCGGCACGCCGAGCAGCUGCUGGAGUUCGGGGAUCGGUACAGGGGGAAGUACGACGCGAGCGUGAGGGCGGUGAAGGGGUACUACCCGUCGGUGAGCGGCUACUAUGACGAGCUCCUGUGGGCCGCGCUGUGGCUGCACCGCGCGACCGGGCGGGCGGAGUACUUGGACUACGUCGUCGCCAAUGCCGACGGCUUCGGCGGGACCGGCUGGGCUGUCACUGAGUUCAGCUGGGACAUCAAAUAUGCUGGAGUCCAAGUCCUAGCUUCCAAGUUGCUAAUGGAAGGAGAAUUCGAAGUCGAUGAAAAGCAGGAGAAAAUACUAAAGCAAUACAAGUCGAAAGCCGAGCACUACUUGUGCUCGUGCCUUAACAAGAACACGGCCGGCAGCAACGUGCGGCGCACCCCUGGUGGCCUCCUCUUCGUUCGCCAGUGGAACAACAUGCAAUACGUCUCCGGCGCCGCCUUCCUCGCCACCGCCUUCUCGAACUACCUCUCGAAAUCCUCCAACCAAGAGCUCACUUGCCCAACGGGCUCACUGGGCGCCCAAGAACUACUAUCUUUCGCAAAGUCACAAGCGGACUACAUCUUGGGCUCGAACCCUACGGGACUCAGCUACUUAGUUGGCUUCGGGUCCAAGCACCCCAGAAGGGUGCACCAUCGAGCUGCUUCGAUUCUCCCCUACAAGAAAGACAAAGCUUUUAUUGGAUGCGCUCAGGGUUACGAUGCAUGGUUCGGCCGGGGGAAGGAGAACCCUAACAUGCUCGUCGGCGCGAUCGUCGGGGGGCCAAACGCAAAGGAUGAGUUCCGAGACGCCAGGGGGAACUACAUGCAGACAGAGGCCUGUACAUACAACACCGCGCCGAUGGUCGGUGUGUUUGCGAGAUUAACACAAUUGCAAGGACAACAUACUCAAGGGUUUAAGCCUCCUCAAAGUAUAUCCUCAUACAAGUAGGGCACUUAGGCACAAUAGUACUACAAGAUUGAAGUACAUAUUUUUUUUGUCCUUUUUUUUUUUUCUUUUAUUCAUUAUUGGGGAUCAUGGAUGAGAUUAUUCUUUCUUAUUUUGAACAUAAUGUAUAGCAAAAAGAAAGAGAGAAAGAGAGAGAGAAAGAAAAUAAAAAGCAAAUUCAACAUAAAUUACUAGCUACCUCCUCUUCCUUUUCUUUUUCUCUUAAUUGAUUCAAUUGUUCAUUCCAUUUGUAGCCAUCUACCCCCCUUUACUUUGUCCCCGUCUCAAUUCCCUCCUUAUACAAAAUUUUGAUUCGAUUUAAACUUGUACUUUA